AUGUUGGAUGACAUUUAUCCGUUGUUUGGUUGGAACGAACCAGUUCCCACAGAGUUUAAAGAGAUAUUUUCAAAGUGUGUAAAGAAAGAAACAGAAAUGGGUCAUGAUUCCAAUUCAAGAAAGUGUAGUAGCACAUUAGAAGAAUCCUUAAGUAUUAUACAUAACAUUCUUAGUUGUUGAUGAAGAUUAUGAAAUAAUAGGAAAGAGUUAAAAUGAUAAUUCUAUAUGUCCAAUCUGUUAUUAGAAUGUGUAACUGGGCAACACACAAUUGUACUCAAAUCAUCUGUCACUUUAUUUCGAUGUCCAUACUUAAUGUGCUCUGAUGUGCAAAUAAAAACCAGCUUCAUUGGCUCUACUAAAUGAACACAUCCAAUCGGCCAAAUUUAUUAAGCGUGUUCCUGUAGAUUAUGAUCUACUAGACCUUAAUAUCAAAGCAUUCAUAGAGUUCCGAGUAUUUCACACAAUUGCUCAAAAACCUUAUUUACAUCUAACACAUUCCACUACACUUAAAUAAAAAAAAACCACUUCCAUUUUAAUAGAUUAUGCUAAUCUAAGAGAAUACUUUGGUAAGCGUCCUAAAUACUAAAUACCAUUUCUUUAAGGUCGUAUUCAAAUUGAACUAUACAUUAUAGAUACUAAUCUCAUGUAAGAGGGUAAAAGUGCUCGUACUUAUGAAUUCUUUUAUAAUGCAGAAUAAGCAGCUAUUGGCGAUUACAUUUCAUUAGAAUCAGAAGGAGUAUGCAUAUCAAUGUAACUAGAAGAAGAAUCAAUUUAAUUAUCUAUUAAAUCACUACAAAUUACACUCCCAACUGAAUUAACUACUAGUCUAACAAAAUAAUCACCUAAAUCAUCACCUAUUAUAGAUAGUUUCUUAUUCUCACCUAAAUUAAAUAAUUUUACUCCUUAAGUAGGUCCAAUUCAAUCAAGAGUUCGUUUUUAAAGUUUUUAACUUGAAGAAACUAUACAAAAUUCAAUUGAUGAAUGGACUGAAGAUUUAUAAAAUCUAGAAUAAAUUAGAGGUAAUGUUGUUAAUUUUGUGAAAACUUAACAUGGUAGUAGAUUGAUUUAGAAAUACUUUACAACUUGUACUUAAAUGGAAUUAGAUUAAAUGUUAUAAGAAAUAGGACCUCAUCUUCCAGAUUUGAUGAUUGAUCCAUAUGCAAAUUAUAUGUUUGGUAGUCUUAGUCAAAGUUGUGCUCCACAUUAAAGAUUAUAUAUUUUAUAAACUGUAUAUAUAUAUUUAUAUUAUUAGAUUGGUAAUCGUCUUGUUGAUAUUGCUUGUGAUAAGAAAGGAACUCAUGCAAUUUAAUCUUUAGUUUCAUUAAUUUCUUGUAAAUAAGAAGAAGAAAUGGUUGAGAAUAAUAUUAAAAAUAAUAUCAUUCCACUUACUCUUGAUAGCUAAGGAACUCAUCUUAUUAAAAAGAUUAUUGCACGUUUCUCAGAAGAUAGACUCAAUUAUAUAUUUCAUAAAUUAAUGGAUAGAUUUAUUUAAGUUGUUAAUCAUCAAUUUGGAUUAUGUGUAUUGAAAGAUCUCAUAACUAAAUUUAAAAAUAAUUUAGAUAAAUCAGCCAUUAUUAUUAAUAAAAUGAAAGAUCAUUUAGAUGAAAUUAUUUAAGAUCCUUUUGGAAAUUAUGGAGUAUAACAUGUUAUUGAUGUAAUUAAUUAAUUCACUUAUUUUUUAUUAGAUAUAUGGAGAUCAUAGAUGUAGUUCCAUCAUUGAUAAAAUACUUCUUAAAUUAAUUUAAUUAUCUAUACAUAAGUAUUCAUCCAAUGUUGUUGAGAAAUGUAUACUUGAAACAACUCCAAAAACUCAAAAAAGAUUUAUCAAAUAAUUAUCUUAAGACAUUAUUUGUUUAGAAUUAAUGAAAAAUAAAUUCGGAACUUUUGUACUAUAAAAAGCUUUAUAAGAAGCUGAUAAAUUAUCAGAAACUGAUUCAUUGCAAUAAGCACUUUAUCGCAAUCUACCUUCCAUUUAUGCUUAAAAUAUUAGACAAAAAUGGAUUGAAUACUUAUCUAAGAAGUGA